CCCAGCAGGACAGAGAGCAGAUACGCAGCGUGCACAGACACACGCAGACCACGGCCUGCAUAGACCACGGCCUCAGGAUGAAGGCGCUCGCGGCCGUCCUGCUCGCCCUGCUGCUGUGCCAGUGGCCAGGGAGAGGACAGACACAGGACGGGACGGAGGACGAGGACCUGGGGCCGGAGGGCUACGAUGACGACGACGAGGAGGAAGAUGAGGUCGAGGGGCCCGAGGACAGAGGACUGCGGUGCUACACCUGCUCGUCCCUGCACAAGGGGGAGACGUGCCAGCAGACCCUCCGCUGCCCCCUCAGCCAGCGCUUCUGCAAGGCCAUCAUUUCGCGGUGGGACACUGAAUCGGCGCCUCUGACCGCCUACUCAGGGUGGUGCACAGACGCCUGCAAGCCGGUGUCCAGGACGAUCGAGGGGACGGAGGUGACCACGAACUGCUGCCAGACCGCCCUGUGCAACUCCCCACCCUGGCAGGGCGGCGGGGCGAGCGGCCCCCAGGGCAGCCCCGCAACCGUGGCCGCCGCCCUCCUGCUCAGCCUGUUCCUAAGCUGCGGGGCCGUGGGGUCCUGAGUGGAGCGGGCCCUCCCCCUGCCUGCCAGCACCCUGCCCAGUAUCGUCCUCUCCUGCCCCAGUUUUGGAGAAUAAACUU